AGAACCCGAGCUGUUCUUGCGGCUGCUGCCGAGAGCCUCCUGCGAACAGAGAGUUGUCACCAUGCCUCACUCAUACCCAGCGCUUUCUCCUGAGCAGAAGAAGGAGUUAUCUGAUAUUGCACUCCGGAUUGUGGCUCCAGGCAAAGGCAUUCUGGCUGCUGAUGAGUCUGUGGGUAGCAUGGCCAAGAGGCUAAGCCAGAUUGGCGUCGAGAACACAGAGGAGAAUCGCCGGCAGUACCGUCAGGUCCUGUUCAGUGCCGAUGACCGAGUGAAGAAGUGCAUUGGAGGUGUCAUUUUCUUCCAUGAGACUCUCUACCAGAAAGAUGAUAAUGGUGUACCCUUUGUGCGCACAAUCCAGGAUAAAGGCAUUGUCGUGGGCAUCAAGGUUGACAAGGGUGUCGUGCCUCUAGCUGGGACUGAUGGAGAAACCACCACUCAAGGGCUGGAUGGGCUCUCAGAACGCUGUGCCCAGUACAAGAAGGAUGGUGCCGACUUCGCCAAGUGGCGCUGUGUGUUGAAAAUUAGUGAGCGCACUCCCUCAGCACUUGCCAUUCUGGAGAAUGCCAAUGUGCUGGCUCGCUAUGCCAGCAUCUGCCAGCAGAAUGGUAUUGUGCCUAUUGUGGAACCUGAAAUCCUGCCUGAUGGAGACCAUGACCUCAAGCGUUGCCAGUAUGUUACGGAGAAGGUCCUGGCUGCUGUGUACAAAGCCCUGAGUGACCAUCAUGUUUACCUGGAGGGGACCCUGCUGAAGCCCAACAUGGUGACCCCUGGCCAUGCCUGUCCCAUCAAGUAUAGCCCGGAUGAAAUUGCCAUGGCAACUGUCACUGCCUUACGUCGCACUGUGCCCCCAGCUGUCCCAGGUGUGACUUUCCUGUCUGGAGGUCAGAGUGAAGAAGAGGCAUCACUCAAUCUUAAUGCCAUCAAUCGUUGCCCACUUCCCCGGCCCUGGGCCCUCACCUUCUCCUAUGGGCGUGCUCUGCAGGCCUCUGCACUCAAUGCUUGGCGAGGGCAGCAGGACAAUGCUGGGGCUGCCACUGAGGAAUUCGUCAAGCGGGCUGAGGUGAAUGGGCUUGCAUCCCAGGGCAAGUAUGAAGGCAGUGGAGAAGAUGGAGGAGCGGCAGCACAGUCCCUCUAUAUUGCCAAUCAUGCUUACUAAGCACCCACUCCACACCACAGCCUUUAACCUGGCCAACUGCCCCAGUUUUGCCUGUAGUUCUAGACUAGGCCAAUAGCCAUGCAGAACAGAGAGCCUCCAUUCAGUGCUAAAUUUUCUUCCUUUCCUUCCCUUCUUGUUGCUGUAUGUGGGACCAUAGAAUGGGAUGGUAGGGAGCCCUUGGUAACUAAAGACAGGAGGACUUUGUAGAAGUCAGACAGGAUGCCUGGGCCUACUCUAUGUCCUUGUAACCCCCCACAAUUUGCUUAUGAUGGGUAGCUUCUCCUCGGGCUCUCCUUGCCCGUCCUCGCUUCUGGGAUUAGAGGGUGGGGCUGCAGCCCUGAUUCUUACCCUGAGUACAUACCACAUAGCAAAUAAAGGGUAGCAAACAUGCUA